GCGCAUGAGGCAUUUAUGGCAAUCGCCUCCGACACUCAUUUCCGGAGUCCUGGGGAUGCUAUGACAUUCACUUUCACGAUCUUGGCAGUGGCUUAGUUUGCUCUCCCUCUCUCUCUCUCUCUCUCUCUCUCUCUCUCUCUCACGCGGGCGCUAACACACAUACACACACACACACACACACAAAUGCGCCUCCAUGGCGAAGAAUUACGUGAGAGAGAAUGUGCCGCUCUCGAGGUUCGGAGUGUUGGUGGCUCAGUUGGAGUCCAUUGUGGCCUCAGCUGCUCAACAGCCGCCGGACGCUAUUCUCUGCUUCGAUCUCCUCUCGGAUCUCCUGUCUGCCAUUGAUGAAGAACCCAAGGAAUCUAUAUUGUUGUGGCAAAGGAAAUGUGAAGAAGCACUUUAUUCUCUGCUUAUUCUUGGUGCACGCCGGCCUGUGCGUCAUUUGGCAGCGAGAGCCAUGGCAAAGAUAAUCUCCAAGGGAGAUGGCAUUUCAAUAUACUCAAGAGCAAGUAGCCUUCAAGGUUUUCUAUCUGAUGGAAAGCGAAGCGAGCCUCAAAGAGUUGCUGGUGCUGCACAAUGCUUGGGAGAAUUAUAUCACCUUUUUGGGAGAAGGAUUACUUCUGGUUUACUGGAAACAACUAUGAUUGCAACAAAACUUAUGAAGUUCCAUGAGGAAUUUGUAAGGCAAGAAGCUCUGCAUAUGCUUCAGAAUGCUUUAGAAGGUUCCGGUGGCAGAGCUGCUUUUGCAGCAUAUAGUGAGGCAUUCCGUCUUAUCAUGCGGUUUGGUGUUGGGGAUAAAUCAUUUGUUGUUAGAAUAGCUGCUGCAAGGUGUCUGAAGGCAUUUUCUAAUAUCGGAGGUCCAGGUUUAGGAGUUGGAGAGCUAGACAAUUCAUCGUCUUGCUGUGUCAAGGCUCUUGAGGAUCCUGUUUCUUCUGUUCGGGAUGCCUUUGCUGAAUCUUUGGGUGCCCUGAUUGCUCUGGGAAUGAAUCCUGAUGCGCAAGUGCAACCAAUGGGAAAAGGUCAUUUUAAUGCUGCAAAGAAACUUGAAGGUGGUUUGCAGAGGCAUUUAGCACAGCCUUUUGUGAAAGCCAGUGGAGUUCGGUCAAAAAUCCUGCGAAUUGGCCUAACCUUAUCAUGGGUAUCUUUUCUACAGGCCAUGCGUAUGAAGUAUUGUCAUCCAGAUGGUGAGCUUCAAAACCUUGCUCUGCAGGUUAUGGACAUGCUUCGCAUGGAUGCUUUUGUUGAUGCCCAAGCACUGGCUUGUGUUCUAUAUAUUCUUCGUGUUGGUGUGACUGAUCAAAUGACAGAACCUGCUCAAAGGAGCUUUUUAAUUUUUCUGGGGAAGCAGCUUCAGUCUCCUGAUGUUGGCCCUUCCAUGAAAAUUGCUGCAUUGCGCACGUUGGCAUAUACUUUGAAGACACUGGGAGAGGUUCCACUUGAAUUUAAGGAAGCUCUUGAUAACACAAUUGUUGCUUCGUUGUCUCAUUUUUCGCAGCUUGUACGCAUUGAAGCUGCUUUGACGUUGCGCGCAUUGGCUGAGGUUGAUCCUACUUGUGUUGGUGGUUUAAUUUCUUAUGGGGUGACAACAUUAAAUGCUUUGAGAGAAAACAUUUCAUUUGAAAAGGGAAGCAGUUUGAAAGUUGAGCUCGAUUCUUUGCAUGGGCAAGCUACAGUUUUGGCAGCUUUGGUGACCAUUUCGCCAAAGUUACCUCUUGGAUAUCCUGCUAGAUUGCCCAGAUUAGUUCUUGAAGUCUCAAAGAGAAUGCUGACAGAAUGCAGUCGGAACCCUGCUGCUGCCACAGUUGAAAAAGAAGCUGGGUGGUUGCUUUUGGCAUCACUGUUAGCAUCCAUGCCAAAGGAGGAGCUUGAAGAUCAGGUUUUUGAUAUUCUUUCACUGUGGGCUUCUUUGUUCAGCGGAAAUCCUGAAUAUCAACUCAAUGAUAUUGGAGACCUUAAUUCUGGAAUAUGUGUGUGGUCUGCUGCAAUUGAUGCACUUGCGGCAUUUGUGAGAUGCUUUGUUUUGCCUGACACUGCGAGCUAUGGGAUUUUACUGCAACCAGUGGUAGUAUACCUUAGCAGGGCUUUAUCCUAUAUAUCAUUUGUAGCACUCAAAGAACUGCCUAAUGUGAAGCCUGCAAUGGAUGUCUUUAUCAUCAGAACGUUAGUAGCUUAUCAGUCCCUUUCUGAUCCAAUGGCAUACAAAACUGAUCACCCCCAGAUUAUUAAACUAUGCACUACUCCCUUCAGGGAUGCAUCUGGAUGUGAGGAAAGCUCUUGUUUGAGGUUGCUGUUAGAUAAGAGAGAUGCAUGGUUGGGUCCAUGGAUUCCUGGAAGGGACUGGUUUGAAGAUGAACUUCGUGCUUUUCAAGGUGGAAAGGAUGGCCUUAUGCAUUGUGUAUGGGAUGGUGAACUUGCUACUUUUCCUCAGCCGGAGACCAUAAGCAAGAUGGUGGUGAACCAGAUGCUUCUCUGUUUCGGAAUAAUGUUUGCGUCACAAGAUAGUGGUGGGAUGCUUUCACUUCUUGGCAUAGUUGAACAAUGUCUAAAAGCUGGAAAAAAACAACCAUGGCAUUCAGCCUGCAUAACCAGUAUAUGUGUGGGAUUAGUAGCUGGAUUAAAGUAUUUUCUUGGUCUACGUCCCCGAACCCUAGGAUUGGACAUACUAAAUUCAGCUCAGGCUAUAUUUCUGGGUAUUCUUGCAGAAGGGGACAUAUGUGCUUCACAGCGUAGAGCAUGUGCAGAAGGUCUUGGUCUUCUAGCUCGCCUUGGAAAUGAUAUCUUUACAGCCAGAAUGACUAGAUUGCUGCUUGGUGAUUUGACUGGGGCGGCUGAUUCUACCUAUGCUGGAUCAAUUGCUCUUGCACUUGGCUGCAUUCAUCGCAGUGCAGGAGGAAUGGCACUAUCAAGUUUAGUGCCUCCAACAGUAAGCUCAAUUUCUUCCUUGGCCAAGAGUUCAAUUGCUGGAUUACAAAUCUGGUCUUUACAUGGACUUCUUUUGACUGUUGAAGCUGCUGGUUUGUCCUAUGUAUCUCAUGUUCAGGCAACACUAAGUCUUGCUAUGGACAUUCUUCUAUCUGAGGAAAAUGGAUUGCUUGACCGUCAGCAGGGAGUUGGCCGUCUUAUCAAUGCUAUUGUUGCUGUUCUUGGUCCUGAACUUGCUCCAGACAGUAUUUUCUUUUCACGCUGCAAGUCUGUUGUUGCAGAGAUAAGCUCCCUGCAAGAAACAGCUACCCUUCUGGAGAGCGUACGGUUUACGCAACAGCUUGUUCUUUUUGCCCCACAAGCUGUUUCUGUUCACACCCAUGUGCAAACUCUCCUCCCAACACUAUCUUCAAGACAGCCAACUCUAAGGCAUUUGGCUGUCUCCACUCUACGACAUCUCAUAGAAAAGGACCCAGUUGCCAUUAUUGAUGAGCAAGUAGAAGAUAACUUGUUCCAUAUGAUGGAUGAAGAAACUGAUUCUGAGAUUGGAAAUUUGGUGCGUACUACAAUUAUGAGAUUGCUCUAUGCCUCAUGUCCUUCGUGUCCAUCUCGUUGGAUAUCAAUAUGUCAUAACAUGGUUCUUGCUGUAUCGGCUAUAAGGAACAAUGAGAUCAAUAUUAUGGAGCAGGAUUCUCUUAAUGGAACAGAUGGUGACACUAGGUUCAAUUUUGGAGAUGAUGAAGAUAUGGUAUCCGUCUCUAAGGGUGUGCCAAUGCAUGGGAACUUGUAUGGUGCUUCCAAUGUCAAUCAUUAUAGGGAUAACCAUCUGAGAUUCAGAACUCGAGCUUUUGCUGCUGAGUGCUUGAGUCAUCUGCCUACCGCAGUUGGAAAGAAUCCUGCACACUUUGACCUCUCUUUGGCAAGGAAACACUCGAAUGAUGGACGGGCCUCUGGUGAUUGGUUAGUCCUCCAAGUGCAAGAUCUAAUAUCACUUGCUUACCAGAUAAGCACAAUUCAGUUUGAAAGCAUGCAGCCUAUUGGUGUGGGACUUCUAAGUACCAUUGUGGAUAAGUUUGAAAUGACACCAGACCCUGAGCUUCCAGGACACCUUCUACUGGAACAGUAUCAGGCUCAGUUAGUCUCUGCAGUUCGCACUGCAUUAGACUCAUCCUCUGGUCCAGUUCUUUUGGAGGCUGGCUUGCAGUUGGCUACUAAGAUAUUGACAAGCGGAAUAAUCAGUGGGGAUCAAGCCGGUGUCAAACGCAUAUUUUCGUUGAUAUCUCGCCCACUUGAUGACUUCAAGGACCUUUACUAUCCAUCCUUUGCGGAAUGGGUCCAUUGCAAGAUCAAAAUAAGACUUCUUGCUGCUCAUGCUUCUCUAAAAUGUUAUACAUUUUCAUUCUUGAGGAGACACCAUAAUGGGGUUCCAGAUGAGUAUCUAGCAUUGACCCCGUUAUUUUCAAAAAGCUCAAGCAUUCUCGGGAAGUAUUGGAUCUGGAUUCUGAGAGACUAUAGUUAUAUCUGCUUCCACCUGCAUCUUAAAAGAAAUUGGAAACCAUUCCUCGAUGAAAUUCAAUCUCCACUGGUUUACUCAAAGUUGCAGCCUUGUUUGGAAGAAGCAUGGCCGGUGAUUUUACAAGCACUUGCAUUAGAUGCUGUUCCUGCAAAUUUUGAUGCAGAUGAGCACUCAAAGACAACCUCUAGUAAUUUAUUGAGAAACUGUUUAGUAUCUGGAUACAGAAUGGUUGAGCUGGUGUCUGAAGAAUUUCACUUUGUAUGGGGAUUUGCUCUGCUAGUUCUAUUCCAGGGACGACAUUCUAUGGUUGGCAAACAAAUAAUUCCACUAGGUUCUGCCAAAGCUAAACCUGGUUCUGACUUAUCAGUUGAACAAACAAGUUCUUUAGGUUUGAAAUUGUAUGAGAUUGUGCUACCUGUGUUCCAGUUUCUCUCAACAGAAAGAUUUUUCAGUGCAGGGUUUCCGACCAUGGAUGUAUGCAUAGAACUGCUGCAGGUUUUUUCAUAUUCUAUUUGCAUGGAGGAUUCUUGGAAUAGUCUUGCAGUAUCUGUUCUGUCACAGAUUGUGCAGAACUGCCCUGAUAAUUUUCUUGAACAAGAAAAUUUUUCUUAUUUGGUGAUGGAACUUUCUUUGACCCAUCUUUUCAAGGUCUUUCAGAGUACUGAUACAAUAUUACUGGAUCAGCCAAUGAAGGAAGAUUUGAUUUCUCCAUUGUUAAUCACAACAAAGACAUUAAUGAUGCGUUUUGAGCAUAAGAAGCAACUAAAGUUCGUGUUGGCUUCACUGUUAAUUGGGUACAAGUGUAUUAAAGGAGCUUCAACUGAGUCAUGCUUCUCUAUAGCUAUUGAUUUUGUGCAAUGCAUUGCCCCUUUGUUGAAGAAGCAAUAUGAUGAUCAAUCUGAACUAAGUGACGAGACUAUUCUUUACUUGAGAACAAUCAUUGGAGCUUGUCUUGCCGUAAUUAGUAGUUUGACUAAGAAUUGCAUUGAGGGCAUUCAUCUGCUGGAAAAGAAGAGGUCUGACUUGAGCAAAUUGCUGCAAAUGAAGCUCGCUUUCUUUGUUGAGCAGACGUUUUCAUUUGCCAAGCUGGCUUAUGAAAUUCAACCUCUUGGGGAGCAUAUGGACAGCAACACAAUUUACUAUACUAUUUUUAAAAACUGCAUUGUAUGUAUUCAAACUGUUCUUACUGAUUCUAGUGUACAGGUCCAAGCAAUUGGAUUGCAAGUUCUAAAAGCCAUAUCACAAAGAAGCACCAAUGUUGAAAACAACUCUUUUUUACUGUUCUUUACUGGGGAGUUUUUUAGAGAGAUAUUCUCCAUAAUCCAGAAAAUGUUGAAGCGACCUAUAUCUCGGGAAUCAGUGGCCAUCACUGGUGAGUGCUUAAGAAUUUUGGUUCUCCUGCAAAAUCUGACAAAAGCCACUGAGUGUCAGAAAAGUAUAAUGAAACUUCUUUUGGAAGCUAUUGUCAUGGUUUUCCUAGCAACAGAAGAUAGUUUUUCUCAGGAAGUAAAUGAUAUGAGGAGCACUGCUAUAAGACUUGUUUCUCAUUUUGCUCAAAUCCCUUCCUCUGCGGUUCACUUGAAGGAUGUUUUGUUGGCAAUGCCUGCAACACAUAGGCAACAGCUUCAGGGCAUCAUCCGUACUUCUGUAACACUAGACCAUAAUGCAACACAGAUGAAACCGACAGCACCUUCUUUAGCAAUAAAGUUGCCAGUUCAAACGGAGGGAAGUAGGGAGAGAAUUCCAUCUCCAUCAACUGCUACACCACACUCCGACAAGAACAGCACAGAAGAAGAUGAUUGGGACGCUUUCCAGUCUUUUCCUGCAUCCACGAAUGUGGCCGCUACAAAUUCAGAAGUAGAAAGUGUAGCAGAACCUCCUAUGGCUGAAAACUCUCCCAUUCCAAAUUUUAAUACUGAAAAUGAUGAAUUCCAACAGUACCGUAGUUCUCCACCCAUCAACAAUAUUGUAAAAGUAAUAAUUGAACCUGAGCAUCUAAAAGUUGGUGAAGAGGAAGAGAUAUUUGAAGCAGUGAGUGGUGGAAAUCAUAUGAAAACAGACGACCCUUAUUCUGAGCAAUGUGAUAGUCAUUAUCAGUAUAGCGAUACUGCAGCGCCAGAUCAAAUAAAUGAUCCAUAUUCAAGUGGUCAUCCACUGCUUGAAUAUGCUGAAGAAUCAAUGACCAAAUUGACUACUGAAGAUGAAGAGAAUGAGAACCCUGGUCACAUGGAUGAUUUUCAAGCAUCGUCUGAUCCAUCACUGCAUGAAGAAUUUUCUGAUUCCGUGCCUGAUGGGAAAAUAGAGAGUAAAACACAGACAAAAAAGGUUUUGGAAGCAGAAGAAGAUGCUGCUGGCGAGGGUGCAACAGCUAAUAGCGAGAACAGCGAAGAGCAUCAUGGGAGUGGUGGUAACUUUGGACUUCCAAAAAAUGAAAAUGAUAGUGCCAAACGAGAAUUGUCUAGUGAAGUUGAAAGGACAUGAAGUGUUUGUGGUGAUAAUAGUUGAAUUUUAAUUUGGUGAAUGAGCUAUGAUAUUGGGCCGAAGGCAACAAAUCAAUUUUCCUUUGUAAUUUGAUUAAUAUAUGGCAUUCAAAUCUGGUCGGAGUAAAAAAUUUUUGGUACUUUUACUCUGCGUUUUUUGUUCAUUAGAAUUUGUGGGCGUGCAGAGAUCUCUUUGCCAACAUUUUGGGCUUGUGAGGGGCAACAUUUGAUGUUGAAGCACAGUUUCGUUUCCUCUGCAAGUGACGCAUCACUUUGUUUUUUCCUCUUUUAUUUUUUUUUUCAAAACCUUUCUUUUAGAUAGUCAUUAAGCACACGUAUGUUCAUGUAUUUUUAUAAACAAUUAGUUAUUUUAUAAUUGAUUAUACAUGUAGUUUUUGUGUUGCA